AUGCUCGGUUCGACUCUCCUAACGGCCGUCAUGGCCGCCGCGACGGCAUCCGCACACAUUCUCAUCUCAUAUCCCGGAUCGCGAGGAAACAAUCUCAUCACCAACGAGACCUUCCCAUACGGCAUGCAAUGGGAGUAUCCAUGCGGUGGUAUCCAGACGACCAAGAACCGCACCUACUGGCCGACGACGGGAGGCGCUAUCGCCUUCCAGCCCGGUUGGUUCCAGGGCCAUCUGACGGCUUUCAUCUACGUCAACAUCGGCUGGGGCACCGACGGCCCUUUCGACGGUCCCAAGAACAUGUCUAGCCCCAUGGUGCCCCCAUUCCAGCUUCUCGGCCCCACCAACAACCCCUACCCGGGCACGAUAUGCCUGCCCCAGGUGCCCCUCCCCAAGGAUUCUCAACCCCAAGCUGGCGAUUUGGCCACGAUCCAGGUUGUCGAGCUUGCCGGCCACGGUGCUGCUCUGUACUCGUGCGUCGAUAUCAUCUUUGCCGAGCCCGGAGACGCGCGCAUCGCCGAGGUCAACGAGUCCAACUGCUACAACAGCCAGGAGCUCGGUUUCGCCGACGUUUACACCAUCACCACGAGCGAGCCCGCCCGGGACGACGCGCUGGCGCAGACCUCGGGCGCCGAGGAGACGCUCUCGGCCCAGCUCAUCGGCCACGACGCCGACGUACGAGCUGUCGUCUUCCCUAACCCAGACGCCGUCCUGUCAGCAUCCCGCGAUUGUUCCUAUCCCGAGGGCCUCGUUGUGUCCGGCGGCCGCGAUACCAUUAUCGACGUGAGGAAGCCUACCUCCUUACCGGGCGACAAUGCCGAGCGCUUGCUCAUUGGCCACUCUCACAACGUGUGCACGCUCGACGUGUCGCCCAAGGGCACCUACAUUGUCUCGGGCGGCUGGGAUAGCCAGGCCCGCGUGUGGAGCGUCGCCAAGUGGGACACCGAGUUCGUCCUGACGGGCCACGAGCUCAGCGUGUGGGCCGUGCUCUUCCUCGACGAGCACACCGUCGUCACCGGUUGCGCCGACAAGAAUAUCCGCAUCUACGACCUCCGCAAGGCCGUCGCCGGAGACGUCCAGCCUCGGUCCACCAUCUACACCGACGACAUCAUCCGCGCCGUCGGGCGCGUGCCCGCCGGCCAUGCCACGGGUGAUGGUGGGGAGCUCCGGGGCCACGACUCCUUCGUCUACGGCCUCGCGGUGCUGCCCUCGGGCGAGAUUGUUAGCUGCGCUGAGGACCGGACGGUGCGCGUAUGGAAGGAUCUCGAGUGCGUCCAAACCAUUACCCACCCGGCCAUUUCGGUCUGGUGCGUUGCCGCGUGUCCGGAUACGGGCGAUAUUGUGUCGGGCGCGAGCGACGGUCUAGCUCGCGUGUUCACCAGGAAUCCGGACAAGGUGGCGGGACCGGACGUCCUGGCCGCGUUUGAGGAGUCGGUCAAGGCUUCGGCUAUUCCCCAGCAGCAGGUCGGAAGCAUCAACAAGGAGAAGCUGCCCGGUACCGAGUUUUUGACGACUCGAUCCGGUACCAAGGAAGGUCAAGUGCAGAUGAUUAAGGAGGACAAUGGCUCCGUGAGCGCCUACACGUGGUCUAUGGCCGCGCAACAAUGGGUGAAUGUAGGAACCGUGGUCGACUCCGCCGGCAGCUCCGGUCGCAAGGUGGAGUACGAGGGCAAGUCGUACGAUUUCGUCUUCGACGUGGAUAUCGAGGACGGAAAGCCGCCUCUGAAGCUCCCCUUCAACCUCUCGGAGAACCCGUACGACCGCGCACGCAAGUUCCUCGAGGACAACGAGCUCCCCAUCUCGUACCUCGACAACGUCGUGCAGUUUAUCGAGCAGAAUACCAAGGGCGCCACCCUGGGAGAGUCGAACGACGGCGGACCGGACCCCUAUGGAUCAGAUGCGAGGUAUAAGCCGAGCGAUGAAGCGGCGAGGGUUCCCAAGGUGCUGCCUCAAGGAGAGUACUUGAGCAUAACGGCCGCCAAGCAUGAGGCCAUUGUCAACAAGAUUAUCAACGUAAAUGCGAGCAUGAUUUCCGCCGGUCGCAAAGAUGCGGCCUUGAACCCUGCAGAUCAGACAAAGCUCAAGGAGCUACGGUACACUCUGCAGGCGAGCAAACCUAUUGAUGACGCCGGCCUCGAGCUCAUCAUGCGCAUUGUGACGAAGUGGGCGUAUAGCGAUCGUUUGCCUGGCCUCGAUCUCCUGCGCUGCGCGACGCCCUCGGCAGCCGUCGCUGCAUUCCGCGACCUCCAGGGCCGCUCCGCCAUCCAGCUCGGCAUAGACGCGGCGCUCGGCACGGACUUGGACACGGAUGAGGCACCGGCGACGCCCAACGAAAACUGCAUCAUGAUGAUCCUUCGCGCCGUGGCCAACGUCUUUGCCACGCCCAAGGGACGAGAGGUGGCAGCGUCGGACGCCAGCCGCGUGCUUGGCCUGCUCGAGCGGGUGGUGGGCCUCAACGGACCCGGCGUCGGGCGACACAAUAGAAACGUGCUGCUUGCGGCGACGACUGUCGUCCUUAACUACGCUGUGCUAGCUAGGAAGAGCGUAGGUGCGAGUUUCGCCAAGGCGGAUAGCAAGAAGACCUUUACGCGGGUGGUGGAGCGUAUCAUCUCGGAGCAGACGGACGGCGAGGUGGUGUAUAGGGCCCUCGUGGCUCUGGGCACGUGGCUGUAUGGAAACAGCUCGGGCGCGGAAAGCAUCGACAAGGAUGUCGUGCGGCGAGCGAUUGAGAGGAUCAAGGAGGAUAGGAUCACGGGGGUUGGCAAGGAAGCGCGCGCCAAGCAUGACGGCCCCGGAGGGAGCAAAGCAGAGGGCGAGAUCGCCGCAGCCGCCGGCGGGGAAGUAGAGGACGACGCGAGGACGAUGGAAGAGAGGCUUGCUGACCUGGAGAGGGAUUUUCGGCGCUUCGAAGGCCUAGCUGGAGGCGGUGGGUGGGAAGGAAAGAGGAGGGCGUGGAUGCAACUGUUUGCGUUUGAGACGCUGGCGAGGGGCGUCGCGGGCGAACUUACCCCCGCGCCUAGCGAGAAACAAGAGGGAAAACAGGCGCAAGGAGAGGAAACGCCAGUGGAGCGUCCCGACCCCUCUGGUGUUCGAACUAUUCUCCAGGACCCCGUGUUCACGAGCGCGGAUCGGCGGUUCCUAGCGGGGAGGGGCCAUGACGUCGUGGAUGAUCCGGGAGCGUUCGAGGCGCUGAAGCAGGUGGCUGGCGAGGAGGGGGCCGAGAACGACACAGAAGCGCGCGGGGAGGGAUCAUCUACGCUGUUGUUUGGGGUUCAUCUUUACUUGCCGGUGUAUAAGAGGGCGCUGGAGGGGCCGUUGCCCGCUGUGUUUGUGGGGACGGGGUGGGAUACUUGGGACGACAUCAAUCGAGGCGAGGAACUCCCGGCCCUCAAGGAAAUGCACGAGACGUACGAGAGGGAAGAUUUUCCCGAGGAGGAGGUCCUGUCUACUUUUUCGUCGACGUGCAUCUACUGGCGCAAAACCAACAAAGUCUAA